AUGGAACCCAAACCUUGGAAGAGUCCAGGCAAACAAUUUACAUUUUAUUAUGAAAAUGAAGUCUGCAAACAAGAUUACUUUAUUAAAUCACCACCUCCUCAGCUUUUCUUCUCUGCGACCUCUUGGAAAAAGCGGUUUUUCAUCCUGUCAAAGAAUGGGAAAGAGGCCUUUAGUCUUUCCUACUACAAAGACCAUCAUCGCAGAGGUUCCAUUGAAAUUGAUCGAAAUUCCAGUGUAGAAGUCGGCAUAAGAAGCCAGGAGAAGUUGCAAUCUGUACAGAAGAUGUUUAAAUGCCACCCUGAUGAGGUGAUGUCCAUCAGAACCACUAACAGAGAAUACUUCCUCAUUGGCCAUGACAGGGAGAAGAUUAAAGACUGGGUCUCCUUCAUGUCAUCAUUUUGCCGGGGCAUAAAAGCAGCACAUCAGAAUACAGAGGAGAAACUCUCAUUGGGUGAUAAAAGGCCCUCUUCAGACCCUCUCCUUGGUCCUUCCAGCCCAUCAGAGGACUCCAGCUUGCCAAGAAACAGUCUCCCAGACAUGCAUUUUGUGAAAAAAAGUUCUCCAGGAUUCAGACCAGCUCAUCUACCACAUGAUUUCUUGCUGAAGACCACUGAAGAUACAGAAAAAGAGAGUCAUUACCUUAGUCCUCGAAGUGUUGUUUUAGAGUUGGAUAAUAUUAUUGCUUCCAACAAUCCUGAUGAAUCCAUUGAACCUGGCAGUGCAGACCAGGACUCCAAAAGAAUUGAGGGUCUUUACGAGUCAAUGAAAUCCUGUUUUUCCAAAGAGACAUCCCAUGAAUCUGCAGAGAGCAGCAAAGAGGAACCCCAGACCCUUCCAGACACCCAGGAUAUGGAGCUUCGCCUGCAAGAACGAGGCUCACGAAGUGAUUCGAGUCUUUCACCUGCCAAUACAGAAGCACAGACCGCAAGUGACCAAAGGAGAUCGGCCUCGCUAACUGUUGUGCAAUUGUCUAUAUUAAUCAACAACAUCCCUGAUGAAAGCCAAGUGAAGAAGCUGAAUGUGUUCCUUUCUCCUCCUGAUAUCAUAAACUAUCUCGCUCUCAUAGAAGCUGCAGGACGGAUAUGUGUGGCUCAGUGGGAAGGCCCCCAGCGCCUGGGAUGCCUGUUUUGCCAUGGAGAUCAUCUUUUGGCGGUGAAUGACCUGAAGCCCCAGAGCGUGGAGGAGGUUUCCUUGUUUCUCAGCCGAUCCAUCCAGAAGGAGAAAGUAAAACUCACUAUCGGCAGGAUCCCAAAUUCGGAGAAAUUCCAUGCUGCAGCUUGUACGUGCCCCUUAAAAUAA